CUGCCCCGUCACUGAUCACGGGAGUGCGGUACCGGUCCGCUCAAGCAUCUCGGCGAUUCGCGGACCUCUGAUCAGAUUCAACUACUGAGAACAGCGAGCAGCGCCUCCGGGACUGAUCGAUAUCUGUGAUUGAUCGGAACGGUGCAGGUGAUGGAGAUUCCGGUCGGCUUCAUCUGCUCGGUUCUUCUGCUUCACUGCGUCCACGGAACCCGUGCGGCCGUCUGCAGUCAGGAGCGGUUCAGCUGUGCAAACGGGAAGUGCAUCACCAGCCGCUGGGUUUGUGACCAGACGGACGACUGCGGCGACGGGAGCGACGAGCUGCCAGAGUCCUGCAGCCACAAGACGUGUUCGUCGGGUCAGUUCAGCUGCGGCGGGCGUCUCAAUCAGUGCGUGUCCAGCAGGUGGCGCUGCGACGGGAAGUCUGACUGCGAGAACGGCGCAGACGAGCAGGGCUGCGUCCUGAGGACCUGCGCCGACGAGGAGUUCCGCUGCCGCAGCGGUCAGUGCGUGUCGCUGUCGUUCGUGUGCGACUCUGACUCCGACUGCGACGACGGCAGCGACGAGGCGUCCUGUCCCGCGCCCACCUGCGGCCCCGGCUCCUUCCAGUGCAAUAACUCUGUGUGCGUGCCGCGGCUCUGGGCCUGUGACGGGGACACCGACUGCGCAGACGGCUCUGACGAGUGGCCGCAGAACUGCGCAGGCGGCACGGGUCAGCAGCCGCAGACGGUCUGCCGCGAUCACGAGCUCCUGUGCGCCAGCGGCGAGUGUGUCCACGGCAGCUGGAGGUGCGACGGAGGCUCUGACUGCGCAGACGGCUCAGACGAGCACAACUGCACCGCGCUCACCUGCCGUCCGGAUGAGUUCCUGUGUAACGACGGCAGCUGUGUCCCGGGGAUGCGGCAGUGUGACGGGAAUCCUGACUGCCGGGAUCGCAGCGAUGAGGCGGACUGCGUCACCGUGCACGCGUGUGCCGGACCGAGCCGGUUUAAGUGCGGCAGCGGCGAGUGCAUCCGCGCAGACGGCGUGUGUGACGGUCAGAGAGACUGCCGCGACUGGUCAGACGAGCCUCUCCAAGACUGCAACACUAACGAGUGCCUCACUAACAACGGCGGCUGUUCCCACACCUGCAGCGACCUGAAGAUGGGAUACGAGUGUGUGUGUCCGGCCGGAUUCCAGCUGAUCAACCGCACACACUGUGAAGACGUGGACGAGUGUGCAGACGCAGACAGAUGCACUCAGAUCUGCAUAAACCUGCCGGGCAGCUUCAGGUGUGACUGUAAAGAUGGGUUUGAGCUGGAUCACAUGACCAAAGACUGCAAAGCGGUAACAGGAUCCGGUGCGUUCCUGCUCUUCAGCACGCGGCACGAGGUCAGGAAGAUGGCGCUGGGCAGCCGGACAUACACGGCGCUGAUCCGCCAGCAGAAGAACGUGGUGGCGCUGGACGUGGAUGUUCACAGCGACAGGAUCUUCUGGUCUGACGUGAGUCUGAAGAAGAUCUACAGCGCCGCGGCCGCUGACCCCGCCCACCACAGCACUGUGAUUGACAGCCGGAUCUCCCGCCCCGAGGGUCUGGCGGUGGACUGGGUCCACGGGAACAUCUACUGGACAGACGGCGAGCUGCGGACAGUCUCUGUGGCGACGGCAGACGGCAGCAAACGCAAGACGCUCGUCAGCGAGGGCCUGCAGAAUCCGCGCGCGAUCGUCGUCGACCCGCAGCGCAAUUUCAUGUUCUGGACGGACUGGGGCGAGCCGGCGCGGAUCGAGAAGAGCGGGCUCAACGGCGCUGACCGCACGCCUCUCGUCACGGAUGACAUCGCCUGGCCCAACGGCAUCACGCUCGAUGUGUUGAACGGCCGUCUGUACUGGGUCGACUCGAAGCUGCACACACUGUCCAGCAUCGGUGUGAACGGAGACGGGCGGCACACGCUGAUCUACGACGAGCAGAAGCUGUGGCACCCGCUGGCACUCACUGUGUUCGAGGAGAAAGUCUUCUGGACUGACAUGCACAGUAACAGCAUCUGGAGCGCCAACCGCGUGACGGGACGAGACAUCGCCGCUGUGGCCGAACAUCUGCAGAGUCCUGAAGACAUCGUGCUUUAUCACAGUCUGAAACAGCCUUCCGGAAGGGACUGGUGCAGAGACGCGGCUGCGCUCAACGGCGGCUGUGAGUUUCUGUGUCUGCCGGCGCCGCAGAUUAACACACGCUCGCCCAAAUACACCUGCGCCUGUCCUGAUCACAUGACCCUGCGCGCAGACAUGAGAACGUGUGUGUCAGGUGUAAACAGCACGGCGUCGAGCAGAACCACACCCAGACGCUCCGGAUCAACACCUGACCAUCAGCAGCAGACACGCGCCACACAGACGGGCUCUCGGAGCGGAAUUAAUGAAGAACACGAGCCGGUUUCCAGCCCUUCCCAGCACCCCACAGUCCUGUACAUCAUCCUUCCAAUCGUCGCCAUGUGUCUGCUGGUGGUUGGCAGCGUGUUGCUAUGGAGACACUGGCGGCAGAAGAACACCAACACCAUCCACUUCACCAACCCAGUGUACCAAAAGAAAACAGACGACACGGUUCACAUCUUCAGGAGCCCCAGUCUGGACGGAUACACACAUCCAUCGUGUCAGAUGAUCAGUAUGGAUGAAGACGCAGCCUGACGCUCCUCCAGAAGUUCCUCCAGAAGCUCAAGGUCACUUUAAAUGCUGCUCAGCGAGCUGAAGGAAACGCUCGUCCACAUGUGCGAAACAAUCCCAGGAUCAGCUCUGCUUUUUAUCAUGCCUGCAUCAUAUAAGGAAUGAAGACACUCACUCACUCACACAGACAGACAGACAGACACACACACACACACACACACACUCAUAUCUAACGUCAUCACAGUGAAGAGCAGAAGAUCUCAAACAGACACUCGUCAGGAAUCUGCUGGAUCCCGAGGCUUUGCCACAAACACGCCACUGUUUUCAUUUGUGAUUCGUGAGCUUUUAAGGUCCUCUUAUUGAAGGUAUUACCACUGUGUAAUAUUUAAAAUGAUCUUUGUAAAUGUUCUUGAGUAUGUGGAGGGCAGACAGGUGUCUCUCUUCUUGCACUAUGCUCGUUGACUGUCACAGAUUUUAUUUAUAUUUCUCCUUCUUAGACACUUGAACAAUCUGUUUGACUUUGUUUUGAUGAAGUGCUUGUAUUUAUGAAUGCACAGCGCUACUUUAGUAAUAAUGAGAAUGACAGUGUAUUUGUUCUGCGGUUCGUUUGCUCACGCGUGUGAAGUUCUGAAUUCUGGGCCUUAACUCUGAUCGUGCCUGUGUAGCGUUUGAAUGCGUGAAUAUCCCACGAUGCCUUCGACACGUGAACCAGUGCUCAGGGUCACGUGUCUGCGCUGAGAUUCAGGUGACCUCUGACCUCCGUUAGAGCCGCGUGUUUGUGUUCUGUUGUUGUUGUUGUGCACGCUUUGUUUAUGACGAGGCUAGUGCAGCGUGUUAUCUGAAGGAUCGGAGCGUUUGCACUGUUAUCAGACGAAUGAAGAAUCACAAACGCUCCUCAAACGUCUGCAGUCUGUCUCUGUAAACACUCGCCUUUAUCACACCGUCUUUGUAUGAAGAAGGCUCUUAUUUAUUGUGUAAAUGUAUGAUUUUGAGUUUCUUGCUUUUAUCUUUUAAAUGUGUUGUUUAUCAGAUGCGAUAUAGAAAGCUCAUCCAGAAAUCGAUGUGCACUACAGAGGGAAUGAACCUGUGUCAUUCAGGGACUUUUAUACGUUUAUGAAGCAUGAAACAGAAAUAUAAAGCUGUUGGACCAGACUGGUGAAGUCUUGAAUGGAUUCUCAUGCCGUUACUGUUAAUGCAUCAUCUGAGGCCAGUUUUGCUUUUGUGAAGAUGGGAUGAACCCGUAGGAGUUUUAAUUCUUUAUCUCAGGACUGAUGGUCCAGUGAUCAGAA